UAAACCAAUAGCCAUAGUGGUCGCCUAAUUCACAUUGUGCUUAGAGGAUGAUAGAAAUUCACCGCGUUUACACCAAUGCGAAAACAGCAGCUGCCAGUUAACAUAGUUGAAAAAGUAAAAAAAAAAUGCAAUAUGCAUAAUAGUUAUAAACGCAAAACAGGAAAUACAGGAUAUUCUUUAGCUAAAUCAAGACGCAUUGCUAAACACAAAUAUUGCUGAAUGGUCAAAGCACAAAAAGAUGCAGACGCACGCAGACAACAAAAGCCAUAACAAAGUGCUCGAACCAAAAUAAAUGCAUAUGCAUGAGAGUAUGUAUGCAUGUAUGUGAGAGUGUAUAUAUGUUAUGUAUCAAAAUGUGUUGACUGGAUUCUGAUUGGAUCAUUGGAAUACAAUAAACUGUGUGGAACAACUCAACUUUCGCGCUCGAAUAUGUCCGACGGGGUUAGUGUGCUGCACAUCAAACAGGAGGUGGACACAUCAUCGGCUGGCGGCGCCAGCAAUUCGUGCUGCAGUCCCAGCUCCAAGGCAACCACCGCCCACAACAAUUCGAGCAACAGCAACAGCGGCAUGAAGUCCUCGCCAUCCGUGUCGCCAGAGCGCCAGCUCUGCAGCUCGACCACAUCCUUGUCCUGCGACCUGCACAACGUCUCGCUGAGCAACGAUGGCGACAGCAACAAAGGAAACGGUGUCAACAGCGGCAGCAGCGGCGCCCAAAACUCGAGUGCUAAUGCGGGCAGCGGGUCGGUGCGCGACGAGAUGCGUCGCCUCUGCCUUGUCUGCGGCGAUGUGGCAUCGGGCUACCACUACGGCGUGGCCAGCUGCGAGGCUUGCAAGGCCUUCUUCAAGCGCACCAUCCAGGGCAACAUCGAGUACACCUGCCCGGCGAACAACGAAUGCGAGAUCAACAAGCGACGGCGCAAGGCCUGCCAGGCGUGUCGCUUCCAAAAGUGCCUGCUCAUGGGCAUGCUCAAGGAGGGCGUUCGCUUGGAUCGCGUGCGCGGCGGCCGUCAGAAAUAUAGACGCAAUCCGGUGUCGAAUUCGUACCAGACCAUGCAACUGCUUUACCAGUCCAGCACCACAUCGCUGGGCGACGUCAAGAUACUGGACGUGCUCAACAGCUAUGAGCCCGAUGCGCUCAGCGUGCAGGCACAGCAGCAACAGCAACAGUCACAGCAGCAGCAGUCGCAGCAGCCCCACACGACCAGCUUGAAUGAUGAGGCCUCUUCGUCCUCCGGCAGCGUGAAGCUGGAGGUCAGCAACGGCACCUCCAAUGGCACUUGCAUUUUUCAGAACAACAACAACGAUCCGAACGAGAUACUUGGUGUACUUAGCGAUCUCUACGACAAGGAGCUGGUCAGCGUCAUUGGCUGGGCCAAGCAGAUUCCAGGUUUCCUGGACCUGCCACUGAAUGAUCAGAUGAAGCUGCUGCAGGUCUCGUGGGCAGAGAUUCUGACGCUGCAGACAACCUUCCGCUCGCUGCCGUUCAAUGGCAAACUCUGCUUCGCCACCGACGUCUGGAUGGACGAGCUGCUGGCCAAGGAGUGCGGCUAUACGGAGUUCUACUAUCACUGCGUUCAAAUAGCGCAGCGCAUGGAGCGCAUUUCGCCACGGCGCGAGGAGUACUAUCUGCUGAAGGCGCUGCUGCUGUCCAACUGUGAUAUACUGCUGGACGACCAGAGCUCGUUGCGCGCCUUCCGCGACACCAUCCUCAACUCGCUCAACGACGUGGUCUACCUGCUGCGCCACUCCUCGGCCGUCUCCCACCAGCAGCAGCUGCUCCUGCUGCUGCCGUCGCUGCGACAGGCGGAUGACAUACUGCGUCGCUUCUGGCGGGGCGUGGCACGCGACGAGCACAUCAACAUGAAGAAGCUGUUCCUCGAGAUGCUCGAACCACUGGCCAGGUGAAAGUCAGCCUCAGCGCCAGCUCCAGCUCCAGCUCCAGCUCUAGUAGCAGAUUGCCAGUCGAUUUAGCUUUUAAGUUCAGGUGCAAAUAUCGAUAUAAGCUAAUUUAGUUACUAAACUACAGUUAUAAGCAUUCAACAAAGGUGUAGCUCAUAGAUAGUGUAUAUAGUUUGUCUGUGUACGUGGCUAAUGCGUAGAGUAAAAAGAGUAAAGAGUCAUUCGUAUUCGAAAACUUAAA